AUAUCUAUUUAAGACGGUGUAGGGUAUCAAUAACCGUCUUAGUUAUCCCGACAGAGAACAUGCAAUCCAAGGCCGAUGGAAGCCGACGGAUGUACGAUUAUGUCGUCGUCGGGCUCGGCGGCAUAGGCAGCGCUGCACUCUAUUGGCUUUCCCGACGUGUCGGUCAAGGCGUCCUCGGUAUAGAACAGUUCGGGCUGGAUCACGAUAAUGGCGGAUCACAAGAUCACUCGAGAAUCAUACGGAUGGCCUACCACGACGAUAUCUACACAAAGUUGACGCCUGAAACCUACAAGGCAUUUGCUGUGGCGGAGGAGGAGUCCGGGAUCCAACUGGUGUACAGGACCGGGGGUCUGCUGAUAGGCAAGAAAGGCGAGUCGGAGGACAUCGCCAGGCAAUACGCCGAGGCCAUGGCGACCAAUAACAUUCCGUACGAAUGGUUGUCAGGGAAGCAGCUAAACAAGAAAUUUCCUCAGUUCACCACAGACGACAAAUACGUUGCGGUCUACCAAGCAGAUGGCGGUUUGGUGGACGCGGCUGCUGCGAAAGCCGCCCACGUCCAGCUCGCUAGAGGCCGUGGAGCUGCCGUCAUGGAGAGAUGUUCGGUGUUGAGACUUCUCAAGAACGACGAUGGAACAAUGAGGGUAUCGACGAGUAAGGGGGAUUUCACAUGCCGCAAAGUAAUUGUGACCUCAGGAGCGUGGAUCAAUCAAGUGACCGGAAGUAUCGGUCUUCAUAUUCCGAUAUACGUCACACAGGAACAAGUAACAUACAUGGCUACGUCAAACCUGAAAGAAUUCGUCAAAGAUAAAUUCCCAAUUUGGAUCUACCAUUCCCACGCGCACGACUUCUACGGGAUGCCGAUCCACGGGAACACCGGUGUGAAGGUCGGGAUCGACGUCGGUGGCCCCGUUGUGACGCCUGACACCCGGACAUUCGUACCGGACCCGAUCCGCGAACAGGCCUGUGUGGAGCUGCUGAAGGAAAUCUUGCCCAGGGCAGUGGGUCCGAUUCUCUAUAGCAAAACAUGUCUGUAUGACAUGCCUCCAGACCGGAACUUCAUCGUGGACACGUGCCAUAGGAACGGGUAUGACAACGUGAUCGUCUGCAACGGGGCCGGUCAUGCGUACAAGUUCGCGGGUCUGCUGGGUAAGAUCCUUAGCGAGAUGGCGAUAGACGGUCACACCCAGUACGCCAUCGGCCCAUUCUCCUUGGACCGUGAGGCGCUCAAGGAUCCAAACUUUAAACCUGUCUUCUUUUCGGGGACCAGCAAGCUGCCGAAGAGCAAGAAAGAAGAGGAGCCGGGUUUAGCAAAGCUAUGAAAUUUUGAGAUUUUUUUGCAAUGACCCUGUAAAAUUAGCGUUUGUGUUUUGUCAUUUUAACAUAGUUUAUUGAUAUUCUCUACACUUUCUCCCUCUAUCUAUAUAUAUUGUUAAGAAAUGUUUACCUGCACAUACUUGAACUAAUUGUUUACCAUUUAAAAUGUAUAAUGAAUGCUGCAAGUCUU